ACACAAAACAACACAAUACAAAAAGCAAAUAUGAAAGGAGCAACUGUAGCAAUGUUGGCAAUGAUAGCCAUGGCUCUACUCAUGGUGCACCAAGCUGAAGCCAUUAAUUGCGGUGACCUUGUUACCAUGCUCCGACCAUGUGUAGGCUAUCUGCAAUCAGGUGGUACACCAACGAAGGAAUGUUGUAAUGGUGCCAGGCGACUUCAGGGAGCCACCCAGAGCCAAGCUGACAGGCGAACCGCUUGCAAUUGUGCCAAGAGUGCCGCCGGACAGUUCAAGGUCAGGCAGGAUACCGCCACUAGCCUUCCGGGCAAGUGUGGUAUCUCUAGCACCAUUCCAAUCAAUCCCAGCGUCGACUGUAACCACAUUCCUUGAGGUGGUGGAUAUAGGUUGCUUGACAUGAAUAAUAAUGGAGGAGCUACGAUAUGGUGUGGUGUAUCGCCGCCGGAAUAAAUAAACGAGUAGCAGUUUUCUUUGUUUUGUUUUGUAUGUGGAAUAGAGUUUGGUAUUAGGUGUGUACUAAAUAUGGUUCCGCUAGCCC